CGAAAUAUGUGUAAAUACGAGCACACAUAAUGAUGACAUUCAUCACAAGAGCGAAAUAACUUUAGUCUUUUAUAUAGUAGAGAGACGAUACAGAAAGGGAAGAACGGAGAAGGAGAAGGCAUCAAUAACUUCUAAAGAUGCCGUUGCUUUAUAUAGCAAAUACAUGUAUAUCCCUUCCAGCUGUCAAGAACUGUACUGCAUGGCAUUUGUCCAUGUAAAAAUCUGAGGACCACAAAGAAGUUCUAAUGUCUAAAGAAACAGACAUAGCAGACGGUAUGAAUGGUGUUAUUUUGGAGGAGGAUAUUGAAGAGACAGAGCAAGAGAGCACCAGGAAAUGUCAUGGACUGAGGACAUUUUGUCACAACUUUUGCUUGCCAUGCAGAACAAAGUACCACCCUUUACCAGAGAAUCCAAACUGUUGGGAUAGAUUCAAGUUUACUUUUAUGUGUCCACCACAUGGAGUGAUUGCUAGAUAUUUACAGUUUCUUUUUCUCUGUGGCAUAACAUUUGGUGUUCUGUUAGCAUUGUUUAAGGACUAUGCCUUACCUGGAGGAAAUUUCUUCUCACUCUACGUUUUAUUUUUUGGUUCAGUUCUUGGUGGUUAUUUGAUAUCUUUCAUCAAGUUACCCCCCUUAUUAGGUAUGUUAUUGGUUGGUGCUUUACUCAGAAAUGUUCCAGUGAUUGAUGUAGUGGGCAAUCAUUUGGAUAACAAAUGGUCAGGUGCUUUAAGACAAAUAGCAUUGACAGUUAUUCUUAUACGAGCAGGACUUGGACUAGACCCUGUAGCAUUAAGGAAAUUGUCUUUCACUGUUGUACGACUUGCCUGUUCUCCUUGCCUGGUAGAAUGUAUUUCAGAAGCUAUAGCAUCACAUUUCCUUCUUGGAUUACCUUGGGAAUGGGCAUUCAUGCUUGGGUUUGUUUUAUCAGCGGUAUCCCCAGCAGUUGUAGUACCAUCUCUCCUAAACUUGUCAGACAGAGGUUAUGGGUUAAACAAAGGAAUUCCUACAUUAGUGAUAGCAGCAGCCAGUAUAGAUGAUGUGCUGGCCAUUACUGGUUUUGGUGUUGUACUUGGUAUAGCUUUUUCUACAGGUGAUUUGGCUGUGUCUAUAAUAAAAGGACCAGCAGAAGCACUGCUAGGUGUGGCAUAUGGAGUCAUUGGUGGUAUACUCCUCUGGUACAUUCCAGCUAAAGGGGAUAAUUUCAUUUUCUACAGAGGGAUGACAUUACUAGGGGCUGGAUUAAUGGCAACCUUUGGUAGUGCUGCAAUAGAACUCUCUGGAGCAGGACCUCUAGGUGUUCUUACUAUUGCAUUUGUUGCUGCUUUCAGAUGGAGGAAAGAAAAAAAAGAUGAUCAGGACCCUAUCAAAGACAUUGUUGCCAUUUUGUGGAUGUUGUUCCAGCCCAUGUUAUUUGGACUAAUUGGUGCUGAAGUACAAAUAUCAAAAAUAGAUGGAGAGACAGUAGGUCUGGGACUUGCAACUCUUUCCAUUGGUAUGGUAAUUAGACUGGCUGUAUCAUUCCUUGCUGUAUUUAGAUCUGGUCUAAACUUCAAAGAAAUGUUAUUUAUUACAUUUGCAUGGUUCCCAAAAGCUACAGUUCAGGCUGCUAUUGGAGGUGUAGCACUAGAUGCUGCCAGGAGGAAAGGUGAUCCGACAUUAGAAGCAUAUGGAGGGAUCAUUCUUACAAUGGCUGUCUUAUCUAUUAUCAUAACAGCACCAAUUGGUGCAAUAGCAAUUGCCAUCUCAGGACCAAGGUUACUGAAAAGGACUGUAAAGGACAAAGAAUAUGGUGAAGAAGAUGUACAAAACACUGAUGAACUGGCAGAAAUAACCAAAGUUUAACAUCUAUUGUAAUCAUAUCAUCAUUUUUAAACAUGUUGACAUAUCAUUUGUAAAGAAAUACCUCACGAUUUUAUAUUUAGAAUUGUUUUAAUGUAUAUGUGUCUUAAAUGUCAUGAUAAACUAGAUGAUAGAUUAUGUAUUAAAAAUGAAGGAAUAUUUUUCUCUUUUUUGCUGAUUUUACCUCUGUUUAAAAACAAAACUGGAUAAGGUAGCAAUACACACUUAGGAAUUUGGUUUCACAUUUUGACCCUUGUGAAUUUUUUCAAAUAUGAAAGUUAUGGUGCAAUAAAAUUAAUUUUUAGAUAGCUGAAGAUUAAUAUAGUCUUCAAAGAGGGUUUAUAUGAGCAUAAAGAUUGUUUUUGCAUGUUUUAUACUGUAAAUUCAGAAAUUAUUGUGAUGUUUUUAUUAUUGCAAAAAAUGCGACAGGGUUAUAAUCGCAAUAAUUUAAACUUGCAUUUUGAAAUUUUUUAUAUGAAUUAAACAGGAUUUUUCUCAAUAUCGCAAAAAUUAAAUGCGCAUUUUAGUCUAAAAUGACAAAGUCGCAAUAAUAAAUUUCUGAAUUUACAGUAGGGCAUUUUCUGUUUAACAGUCCGUAUUUUCACAUCCAUACCGGCCAAUUGCAAUAUUUUCCAUCAAAUAAAUUUUUUACGCUAGAACUUUUCAAUUCAAUUAUAUGGAAAAAUAAGGUGAAAUGCAUAUGCUUUUUAUUUGAUCUCUUGAUAGAUAAAUGUCAAUAGAUUCAGAAAAGGUAUCACUCAAAUGUAUGGAAAUUCUAAUUUGGACCAAAUUUGGGGGAAUAUGGGGGCAUUUGUGACAUUUUCAGUAAGCCUAAUUUGUUAAAAAAGCAAGGGAAAGAGGGUCGUAAAAAAUCAUGAGUGUCAAUUUUAAGUUUUUUCCUAACUGUGUAUUGCUACCCGACCUUUUGGAUAUUAAAAUAAAAUAAAAAAAGGGUAAAAGAACAUCCAGAAAAUUUUCCAGACUUAUUGUAGGGGAAGUAAUUACAAGAUUAGAAUAAAAUGGAUCAUAAAAUGUACAUACACUAAGUUGAUAUUGACAUUAAUUCACUUUUUACUGAAUUAGAAUUUACUUCUUGAUAAUUUUCAGGGAGAGGGGAAUGAAUUUUUAUUUUUAAAGAGUAUUAUUAUGAAAAGUAAGAUAUUUUUAAGACUAUUUAUUUUUAUGUAGCUCAAGUCUAGUCAUUUGCUUUUUUUUUUUAAAUUGCUGAAAUAAAAAUAUUUGAUAA